CAAAAUUUUACAAGUUGUCUUAAAUAAUUACAUAUGACUAUAAAAAAAUUAAACUAAGAAAAUCUUUUAAUAUCGAAAUAGAUGCAAGGGUGCACUAUAAAAUCAUCAUAUAAAAUUUAAAUAUUUUCUUCUCAGCCAAUUGAAGUAGUCUUCAUCUUAACAUGCAUAUAGUUACAAGUUACAAGCGUUUGUAAUAUACUAGUUACAAAAUGAAAGUCUAAAUAAGUAUUCAAAUAUAGACUUAAUAUAACUAAUUAAUUAAGAGUCAAGCAGGAAAGUUGACUUACUAACUUAACUCACUUUCUAAAUUACCAACCACAAACUAACAAAUAUAUAUAGUACAAUCAGAGAUUAUAAUUACAUUUUCAUUUACAAUUACAAUUACUAUUUAUAAGAGAGUGUACGUAGUGAUAAUUAACAUAUUCAAAUAAGGUACGUUAAUUAGGGAAGAAAUAUUCAAAGAAUUAAUCAAAAUGGAUUCUUCUAUGAUGGGCUUGCGGAAAGAACAAGAACAAGAAAAUGAAGCAACAUCCAAUAAAUCUUUGCCAAACAAAAGAGAAGGACCUAUUACUAAUUUCACAACUCAUGAGAUAAAUGUAGAUGUGGGUCAGGAUGUUGUGAGUAAAGUAAUCGAAUGGGUUAAUACAAGUGGAUCAUUGGACAUUCUUUCUAUUGAUGGCACAGUUUCAUUUGCAUCAUUUUACAGUCCAAGGAAGAACAUGGUUUCAAGUCAUUAUGACCAUUGUUUUUUUAAGAUUCAAAGAUUAGUGUGUUGUAAAAACACAUUGAAUAGUGAGAAAGAAGUAAUUUUGAGAGCUCGAAUUUGUGGACCAACCAUAAACCAUGUUUAUCGUGGUGUUGUAAGGGAAUUACUAGCUUCUACUCCUGUUAAGAUAAGGGUAGCGAGUUACAACUCAGCAAGAGCAACAUUGUCCGAUAUGGCCAAGAAGACUACCCCAACACCACCACCAAAUCAAAACAUUAAUUAAUUUCCAAUAGUACUUUUAUGGAAUUAUUAGUUAGUUAGUUAAUAUAGUUGAACUGAUGAGUUUUAAUUGUUUAUUUAAUGACUUUUGAGUCUAAAGCUAGCUUAUAAUAUUUGUAGUUUUGUUUAAAUGGAAAUUUUUGGAUUUGUUUUAUUCUUCUUAUUGAGAAGGAAAUACAUAAUAUAGUUACUGUAAUGAUAGUUCUUGUAGGAAUUA